AUGAACGUCGAGUUCCAGACCUACUCCGGCGGCCUGGACCGCGUCUCCAUCGACCCGUACACCAUCACGCGCGACCUGUUCACGCCGCUCCCGCAGAACCUCAACCCCGAGGAGAAGGACGUUGCCACCGCCGCCGGCCUGCGCCAGCUCUUCGGCAACGCCUACCUCAUGGAGGAGGAGCGCGCCCAGUUCUACAACGCAGAGUCGCAAUACCGCUGCGACCAGAUCACCGCAAAGGAGUUUCUGCGCGCUGCCGCCAAGUCACAGACCUACCGCCAGCGCUUCUUCGACUCGGUCUCGCAGUACCGCUUCAUCGAGCUCAACUUUAAGCACAUACUCGGCCGCGCCCCGCUCAACCAGGUCGAGUAUUCCAAGCACUUCAAGAUCUUCGCUGCCGGUGGCUUCGACGCGGAGAUCGACUCGUACUUUGAUGACCCGGAGUAUGACGACGUCUUUGGCGAGGAUGUUAUGCCCUACACUCGCUUUCGCGGCACGUACGCGCCCAUCAACCAGUUCAACCGCAUGUGCACCAUCGAGGGUGGCUUUGCCGGCUCGGACAAGUGCAAGCCGCAGAUGCUUGUCACCUCGCUCGCCGCCAACGUGCCGACCUCGGCGUUUUCAGUCGUCGAUGGACUUCCGGCCAUCCCCAACUCGGAGCACCAGUCGAAGAAGUAUGACCUGCCCGAUGCGUCGCUUGAGCGCUUUAGGAACGAACUCGAAAUUGCAGCUGCAAAGGCCUACCAGCUGCAGAUCGAGCUCAACGAGGCGUAUGAGAAGUUGAGCGGCUUCCGCGAUUACGCCAACCCAUUCAAGGCCAUGGCACAGGACAUGAACAUUACGCAGCUGUAUGGAAGCAACUAUGGCUCUGGCAAAGUGUCUGUGUUCGCGGGUGAGUACAUUGGCGCGAAGGCAGGUUCGUGGGGUCCGUCCGGGGUGGACAAUAUCAAUGGCCCAACGCGUCGCCCGGCAGUGGUGAUCGGGAAGAAGGAAAAGCAACUGGAGAGGGUCAAGCAGUUGAUUGUAGACCUGGAGCGCAAGGUUUCGGUGCUGGAAGCUGAACGGGAGAAGCCUGCGCUAACGCCGGGAGUGAGCAUUAGUGGAUUUAUGGAUAUGCAGCAGCAGGAGGUAGCAAAGGCGCAGGCGCAGUCUGGGUCGAGUGUGACGAUGCCGCUGCCGGCGCCAGUUCCAAGGGUGAUCGAGGUUCAACCUGCAGAGGCGGAGAACUUGAUCGUGCCGGAACUGGUGGACGUAGAAGACGAGGAGAGCGGACUGGUGAAGCCGCAAUCAGUGCAGGUAGAGACGAAGAGACAGAUCAAGGAUGUGGGCAGGCUGCCUAAGGAAUUGAUGGAGGAAAUUGAAGAGGAAAAGAAGGCGUCUGGACAGGACUUCUUGGAGGGUAAGGGCCCCAGGGAGGCUUUCCCUGGCGACGGGUCGGAAAUGGUUAUCGGCGGAUGAGGGGAGAUGGUGUGCUUUUUUUGGGGUGUGUGGGAGGGGUGUUGGCAGGCAUGCGCAUACAAGACACAUUUUUGAGGAAAUGUUGGUGUUGUUUGUGCAAGCUUGUUGUGUGGCAAGUAGAUGAAAGUGUCUCAGUGUAGGACACGAAGGAAAAUAUAAAAGAGCGUGUUUGUGCUCGUAUCAGUUUGUCUUUCUGA